AUGUUAUCCUCAAUAGCAACAGCCGUUCUAUUUACGGCUCUAGCACAGGCAGAUACCCAACAGCACAACCUCACAAUCCAAAAGAAUGCCCCAGAAAAGGCCUACCACGUCCCAGCCGACUUCUUCAGCUUCGGCUUCGAAACCGCCUUCUUUCCCCAAUUCGACACCGACUUCUCAGAAAACAUAAUCAACUCCAUCAGCUCGCGCAUGAGCAAGCCCUUAAUCAUCCGUAUCGGCGGUACAAGUGGUGACCUGGUGCAGGUCAACCUAACGCAAGAAGAACCAGCUCGCUGCGCUAGUGGACCUUCUUGUCCAUAUUCAAGUGAAGAUACCUUUGUACUUGGCCGGGGCUAUUUCGAUACCUUCAAGCGGUUCCAGAGCGCAACCAUGACCAUCCAGGCUCCUAUGAUCCCUGUUAAACCUGACAGCAAGGAUGAGGAUUGGAUUCCUAAUUCGAUGGAGUUUGUUCGGCAGGCUUAUCGUGCUCUUGGAAAAGAGCGUCUUAAUGCCAUUGCAUUAGGAAAUGAACCGGACUACUAUUCAUAUGGUGUGGAACAGUAUGUUGAUAGGGCGCUGAAGAUUGAGAAUCGGACGAUUGAGCAAUUGGGCUUGCAGGGUGAAGAUAGACGUAUCUUUGAGCUGGGUGAUAUCGGGUGGACGGUGAUCAAACAGCGCGAUGGGGACGGGGAGGACUUUGGCUUGCGGAAGGUCUUCAAGAACGAGCUCAAUGCAAAUGGAUAUGGCAAGUAUGCUGCGCAGCAUUACUACCAGGCCGAUGAAGGGGGUAAAUAUGAUUCACAGGCGCUGCAGGAUCGCCUCAUGAACCACCACGCCAUCGCGGAACGCUUCCCCAAAAUGAGAAGAGGCAUUGAAUACAUCCACAAAGCCGACAGCAAGAUUGGCUUCGUGAUCUCCGAACUCGGGUGCGCCCUAGGAGGUCCUCCGAUUAGCUUUGCCGGCGCAUUUGGUGCAGCUCUGUGGGCAGUCGACUUCCACCUGACAGCAAUGGCACGCGGCGUGAAACGCGUUUCUAACACCAUGCGCCCAGAGGCAACGCAUUCAUUCUGGAUUCCCAGUGAUACAGGCCCACAAACCAGCGGACCUUCUGUGCAGGGUGUUUUCCCUGCUGCCGCGUUUAUCACAGACUUCGUGGGGAAGGGCGACUCCCUUGGGAAGGUCAUUGAGAUUGAUGUACCCGGCACUCCGCAGUUCUUUAGUGCAUUUGCGAUGUACAAUAUUCAAUCAGGGAAGCUGGUGCGUGUUGCACUUGUCAAUCUGAAGCAGUGGGAUCAUAAUUCCAAGGAUGACCGCGGUAGUACUGAGGUUAUUCUGAAUGUUGAUGCUGGCGUCGGGUCGUUGCAUGCUCGGAGAUUGCACGCUGAGAAAGGUACUUCGGCUAUGGGCUUCGAUCUUGGUGGUCAUGAAGAUAAUGUUACUUGGGCUGGAGAGCAGUGGUCUCAUACUGUUGACGGGGGUAAAGGCCAUUUUGUUGACGGUUCUAUGGUGCAGGAGAAGGUCACUGUUGAAAACGGUCACGGGACUGUCUCGGUGCUUGAUAGUGAGGCGAUUAUUGUGUAUUUUGAUCAAGAUGUUAGCCUUUUGGAUAUUCUUCACUGA